CCGGAAGUGACGGCGCGGAUCAGCCGGUGGCGCACGAUUCGAGAAGGUUCGAGGCGGAGUAGGCCUCAGGCUCGAGAGGCCGCGGAGAUCGAGGAGGAGUGACAGCCGUCCCAAAGGAGAGGCGCUGGACGCGGGACGGCAAUUUCCCCCUCCCCUCCAAAGAGAAAGAGAUGUUCCGGCCGAAUUUCCGACCGUCCCGGGCGGGGUUCCGCAGCCCGCCGCCAGGCCCGGGCCCAGGCUCAGGCCCGUUCACCGGGACGGGACAGUCCGGAGGAGGCAGCAGCAUGUACUCCUGGGGUAGCUCGGCCACCCCGCCCUACGGAGGCUGGCAACCCCCCCGGGGUGUCUAUAAUAAAUCUCCGCAGCAGCAAGGCCCGGGCUCGGGGUCUUUCCAACACCGUUACCAGAGCCCGUCUCCCGGACAGCAGCAGCAACAGGGUUUCAGCGGCGGCGGAAGCAGCCCCCGGCACCGGGGCCGAUACUCCUCUCCCCCCUACCUUCACCAUCCGCAGCAGCACACGCUGUCUCCGGGGCCUCAGACACACUCCCCUAGCCCGCACCACCGCAAAUACCAGGCUUCGCCCAGGACGUCCACCCCAUUCAGCGGCGGGGGCAGGUCCCCGGCGCCGGUGGAACAGUACUACAAACCUUCCAUGCUGCAGGACCCUUGGGCUGACCUGGAGCCAGUCCUUGUCUCUGACAUUCACCAGCAGUACAGCAACCUGCAGACCCCCAGCACUGGCAGAGGACGGAGAUAUUUCACUUAGCAGCAAAAAGACUCAACAUUAACCAUCCUUUUCUCGUGUGUGUAUGUGUAUGUCUGUCUGUGUAUCUACCAAAGGUAGAGUAACUCCCUCAACCGGCCAACAUGGAUCGAGAGCUAUUCUGGUUCCCACUAGCAUUGCAUUCCACAGACAAAUUUUUUUUUUUAAAAAAAGACAGGAUUUUGAUUACAAUUUUUUUGCAGAAUCAACUUUUUAAAAAUAAGUCCUAUUUUUUUACCCAGGCACCUUUUUUUUUCCUUUUUUGGCAACACCAGUGUCUCGUUGGAUGUUACCCGGAGAGUAUUAACUACUUCAGAAUUGGGAAGUGCCUGCUCAGAAGAACUGUUGAAAUGUUCUUUAAAAUCACCAGCUAGUGAACAAUGACUAAUUAUUUUACAGGUGUCCGCCACUCCUAUGCAUUAAUGAACAGGUUAGAUAGCAUGUGAUCUGAUUUUUACUAAACCAUUGAAUUGGUCAUUUUUAAAAAUUUUUGUCAACUUUUUUAAUUGAAGAUUGAAAUGUCAAUGUUUAAUUUUGUAUAAUCCAUGUUUCUAGCAUAUAUGCGUGUGAAUGUUAGGAUAAACAAAAAUGAUUCAGGUCUGGUUCAAUAAUGUUAUGGCAAUUCUUGGGCUAUGUGCAGCAAAGGUGCGAGGUGUGCUGCUGUUCCUUCAGUUUUCAGUAUUUUUAUUUUCAACUUUUUUUUUCAAGAAAGUCAAAGAACAAUUUGAGGAAAUGUGAAAUCAAUUUGCAAACAUAAGUUGUGGGCAUUGUGGGAGUAUAAUGGAUUGUUCUGUGAUUACUGCAUAUUGUUAUAUUUGGUAGCACAUAAACCUACCAGUAUAUAUAAGAGAAUUUUAUUGUAGGGUGGAUGGAAAGACAGAUUUCUCAGUGGCUGAUAGCUCGAAUUGUUUCUUACCUUGGUAUUUAUCAUAAAAAUAAAGUUUUCCUGAUUUUUUUUUUAAAAUCUUGGGAUUAUGGAAAAGU